ACGUCAGUAAUAUCCAUGCCUCGGUUCUGACUGCAUCAUCUUGAUUUAAAGACUCUUUGUAGCGGUUUUAUUUAGAUUUAUUAAAAAUAUUCUUAGGUCUUGAUGAAUGCUUUUCAGGUCACAAGAAGUCUAGGAUUUGUUAGAACGUAAACUUUUCUCUCCGACUCUGUAAUAUCAACAUUCUGAGCAGUUGAAAUAAAGCAUCAAGAGCGUUAUAAAAUAUUUGAAUCAUAUCUGACGCAUUACAUUUUAAUCUGACAAGAUUGUAGAGAUUUAUUUUGCCUUGUCUAACAGAAGCUUGCAUACCUUUCGUGUUUAACAUGAUGGAUCAGACUUGGAUAGUCUCCUGGUAGAGUUUCUGUUGCUGCAGUGAUGAGAGAACACUUUAUGUGUUUAGUUUGGAUUAAUAAAGCAUGACGGGUUUUUAUGAUGAGGGAUGUUGCACUAGCUUUUCUUCUCUGAAAAUACACACUUUGAAAAAAAAAAAAAAAAAUCAACUUCACUAAAUGAUUUACAAAUGCAGGCAUUUAAAUAUGGGAAGGAGAUUCUUAUGGUUGCCAGGUUGUGAAAAUCAAAUUUGAACUGCAUGGUGAGAAUUGGAUAUGCUACGAGUUUGAAGUAGCAGCAACUUUACAGUCUUGAAAACAGUAUUACAGUAGGGCAUGAGCAUUUCCAGGUUGGGUAAUGUAAACAAAAAUGAAAACCAUCACUCACUCAGUAACUGGCUGAAGGAUGUAGUUUAUUGUAUGCUUCAUUUUCACAUUAAGUCAGAGUCCAUAGAAGUCAAAGCUGUUUGGAAAGACACUAAUCCUGACCUAAAAAAAAUAUGGCCGCCUUGAAUAUUAAACUUACUGUUAGCCAGUAAACCGUUUAUUUCAACUUUAGACAUUUUGUUUUUCCUUUAAAUCACUCACAGUGAUAUAUGCCCUACUUUUUGGUAACAUUGCUAAGUUUUAAAAGUAACUACAAAUGAAUACAUUCUGGUGACUGGUAGCCUUGUCAUUGAAUAUAUAAAGUGAGCCUCAAUGGUUUAUAAACUUGGAGCUGAAACACGUUUAAGAUUAAUCAAAAAUAAAAAGGGAUGAAAACAAGUUAAUCAGCAUUACAUAACUAUUUAAAAAUGCUACUAUUAAGAGUGUCACCACAGUGCAGCACAUGUAGUGUACAAACUUUUUUAAAUGAAUGUUUGCAAGGUGUAAAAGAAAGUAGAGCGAAGCAUUAUCUGGUAUUAAUAGCAGCAUGUUCACAGACCAUAUCACCCCAUCUAGUUUUGUACAGUGAAACUGGACCACCAUUAAAUUUGCUGUGAACAAAAAGAUCUUUAUUCAUUGGAUCUGCAUGAUUGGUUGAACGAUGCAGUCCAAGAGAGAUUUCUCACUGAACCUCAAAAUCUAAUGUGGCUUCCUUUGAUAUUUUACACAUCCAGUUAUCUACUCUGGGGCUGAAAGUGUUGUAAAGUAAAAAAAAAAAGAAAAAGAAAUGAGCAACUGUAUUUUACACUUGGAACAUGUUUACAUUUAUUUUGACAUUCCCAAAAAGUUUGGUUUUCCUAGAUAGGUGAAACAGCAACCAGCACAUUUUUCUGGUUCGCUGUUGUCUGCUAUUCUUUUCAAAUAUAAUUACAGGGUUCCUACACAGUUUGGAAAAGUAUCAGAUUUCAUUAAAUAUUUUCCAGGGCUGGAUAAGUAUUGGCGUAAGAGUGGGAAAUAUUUGUAUUUCCAGACUUUAUUGCCUAUUUAAUUCCCUGUCAAACCAUCUAGAUGCUGUAUUGACUUGUCCUCUCUUCAUUCCUUUCUUCCCUACUCCAUCCAUCCCCCUAUCCUUCAUCCUUCUGAAUCUUUGUUUAAAUAUUUUCUUUUUCAGUCUUAACUUCAAUCCAUCCUUCGUUCUUUCCUCAAGUCCCUGUGCUCCAGUCUUUCCAUUAUUUCUUAAUUCCCUUGAAUAUUUCUGUGUUUAAAUCCUGACCACUGUAAAAACAACAAAAUCUAGAAUGGCCAUUUGUAUUUGACAAUUAUAAACAAACACUGUACUACCUUGCAAAUAAUUAGCCUCAAAAAGUCUAACACCAGCUGUAAUUUCAUCACUGUUUGAGAAAUGUUGACUUUUUUUUUGUUAACGAGCUCCAAUCUUCUAGGGUCUAGAAUAGGAUCUACAGUACCUCUAAAUAUGGACUGUAUGGUUAUCUAGAACACAAUACAAAAUAUUAGGCUACUUGACCAAACUUAACAGUCCAGUUCACUUGUUGCCUUGAUUCAACAUGAAAUCGUUAAACUUACAGUGACUAAAUUACAUGAGUCUCAUCAUUUUUCCACAUGUGAAAAUAAAAUUCUCACUUUUAUAUACACUAGUUUCUGAUUUAUUAAAGUUAGUGUUAAAAUGUUGGUUCCAUUUGUAUUAAGAUCAGUUUUUGACAACUGUUUUGACCCUUAUUGCAAUAGUUACAGAACACUAGAAGAUGACACUAAUAAUUUGAUUUAAUUCUAUUUAAAAAUAUAUAAUUUACUAUUCAACAUUGAAUGCUCAUAUAAUGACUAAAUCAUUCAGUCUUAGUCGUUUUUCACCAUUUAAGGACUAGAAAAAAAAUCAUUUGAAGUUUUCAGCUAUAUAAUUACAGGUGCGGUGAAAUAUAGGCCUGAUGAUGACCAAGUAUAGGAACUUACAGCAUGUCACAAUAAUGGUUUAUCAAAAGAAGACCCCUUUCACUUUUUCCACUUCAGCAUAGCCUACUUUAUUUCUGCUCCUCCUCUUCAUCCUCCUCCCUGCAUGUCCUCGGUACCCCUCGGUUGUCUGCUCUCUUGAAGAGGGUUCAGGGAAGUGUUGAGGGGGCGGAUUGACUUAAUUUUCUUCACAUCUCGCUUAGCCAAUAACUGUUGUGCACAUCUCAGCUGGCAGACAUUUAAAAGGGAGACAGUCCGGCGCUGAAGCAAUUUGUAUUAAACCCCCACGUUGGCCCCCGUCUAUGGAGCGCGUUGUCUCCCGGUUAUCCAGAGUGCCAUCAGAGUCCAGUCGACCGCUGUAGGUGCAAGAAAGGCUCACAGGAUCGCAUCAUCAAUCUUGACGAAUUUGGAGAAUCGCCUAGGGAUGGCCGUCUCCGCGCACACUGUAUGCAGUAUGGUUUUCAUCAUCGGACUGCUGUCAUCUCCCGCGGAUUCAAAAAGAAACCGAGCCUCGCAAGGGGCCAUUCCUCAUCCUGACAAAAAUAACCCAAACGAAUCGGAGCAGCAACCGCAGCCGCCACAGUCGGGAUCCAGGUCCCGCCAGAGGCCGGGCUCAACCUCACCAGCCGACGAGGUGCUGGAGUCCAGCCAGGAGGCUCUGCAUGUGACGGAGCGCCAGUAUUUGAAACGGGACUGGUGCAAAACGCAGCCUCUCAAGCAGACGAUCCACGAGGAGGGCUGCGUCAGCCGCACCAUCAUCAACCGCUUCUGCUACGGACAGUGCAACUCCUUCUACAUCCCCAGGCACAUCCGCAGGGAGGAGGGUGCCUUCCAGUCCUGCUCGUUUUGCAAACCAAAGCGGUUCACCACCAUGACUUUUACCCUGAACUGUCCGGACCAGCAGCCUCCCACCAAGAAGAAGCGCAUCCAGCGCGUCAAGCAGUGCCGCUGCAUCUCCAUAGACCUGGACUGAACAUGCUGCAGUAAUCCAGCAGACGGUGUUGGUAGAGAAAACGAGCGCCUGUCUCCAACUGGAGAUGUACACGGACGUUUUGUAAUAUUCUCCUCUUGCACAACCAAAAAAGAAAGAAAGAAAGAAAAAAAACUGACACGCAACAUUGAGCAGAGAUGUUUUACUCCUUGUUAGUUAAAAAAAAAACAAACAAAAAAACACUGCACGGAAACGCUAACUCCAAACGGGCACAGUUUACUUUUAUUUUUUUCCUGCGCACGGCUUCCUUAUGAGACAGGACUCCAAAAAUCAUGUUGCAACUUUCAAAUCACUGUUUUCUCCUCAAACCAAUCCUGUAUUUAACGCAUAGUGUUUGUAGAACUGGAUGUAUCCACUGUGUGGAGUUUGAUGAAUGGAUCUUUGUAAUGACAAUGUGAUAUAUUAUUUUUUUUUAUUUCGACAUUUCAAGAAUCUUUUGAGGUUAACCUAACUGAUUUCUGUGAAUUUCGAAGCUUUACUGGUAAAAUAUUUCAUUUUUAUGUCUGGAGUCUAUUUAAAAAGUCUUCAAGGUAAAGCAGACUCAUUUUUAUAAAAAACAAAACAAAAACAAAAAUAGUAUUUGCUUAGUAUCGAGACUAAAUAGUUUUAAAUGUAGAUGUAAAGUCGUUUUGAUUUAACCAGUUUGUUUAUUCCGUUUGAUUAAAUUAUCUAUUAAAACUAAAUAAACAAAUACUGUUCUAGCUUGCAUAUUAUUUGUAACUCAUUGUAAUUCUUGCAACUGACAAUCAGUGUUGGUAUUUUAACUAUGCACGUUUCCAGUGGCUUCAAGCAGAUGAUGCAAAGUUAUUUUUCUAAAAUGCAACUUUGUCACUUUUAUGAAAGUUACUGGUUUAAAUUAGCUUUCUGCACCAAAAAGUAUGUUAUUCAAUUUUACAAGUGAAGAUUGCAUUUGUACAUUUUAAAAAGCUUAAAUUUAACAAACUGUAUUUUUAAUUGGUUCAUGCAAUCAAAACAAAAGUUUAGUUCUACAAAGCAUCCACAAUUUCUUGAGUUAUUUGUCUAAAUCUGCUAACCACACAAACUUUAGGAUUUUUAUUGUCAAAUUCAACACUAGGAUCACGUUAUUUACAUUUUUUUUAUUUAUUUGAGAUGAUUUGUGCUUUGAUGCAACAUUGAGCUUCUAAAAUAUUGCAACAUUUUUCACAAAUCUGUCCAAUACUUUAACCACUUUAAUUUUUACAUCUUGGGCAUCUUCUGCAUUUAGAUACUAUCUUAUUGAUGUGUGAAUUAUAAAUAUGUUACUCAUUUCCUUGAAAGAUAAUGAGUAACAAAGAAUGCAUUCCUUUGAAAAUUUAAUUAUGCAUAUGCUGAUAUUGUAUUUGCAAUAUGCUGUGCUGUCCUCAAAGGGUCCAAAACUAAAACAGAAGCAAAGAAAAUUGUUUUAAUGUACCGUAUUAAGACCUCAUACAAAUAGGUUUGUGCUUCAAAAACAUAGUUGUGAAAAAAAAAAAAAUCUUCUUGUUCAAAUGAUUUUUUUAAAUUUUAUUUCAGAUUCCAAGGAGCCAUUUUAAACAAUGCUCUACUGCCAGACUUUAUUCUGACUCACAAUCAAUUUAUUUGACUGCUCAGCAGUUUUAAGAAUGACCAAACCCUUCUAACAAAUCAAAGUAUGAGAUCUACACAGUACAGGCCUUUAAAAUUCAACAAUUAGUACACACCCAUACCCAAACUGUUUCAGUUGGCAUUAUAAGUAUAUCUUUGAAAUUUAAAACAAUUCUAUAAAAUGGCGACAUACCUACAUAAGGAACUCCUGACGACUAAUUGAUAUAGCAUCUGCUAAUUUAUAUUUUCCUGGCCUCUUGAAGAAAUGUGAAACUGUGAAAGGCUUUAGAUUCCCCAUACAAAUAAAAGACACCUGUAAAAGAAAGUACGGAGGGUAAACAGGGAAUCCUAUUAAUGGACGUCCGUCUGAGGUAUUACAGCUCAUGUUCCGUCUUCAAAACACAAUCCGAGCAGCACAAAGCUAAGCAUAGAAGGCAGCUCAGUUUACUUUCUUUUUUCAAAUAUGCACAACUUACAAGUAGCAUCCAAGUGAAAAUAUAUAUUUUUUCUAAUUUGUCAAGAAACGUUUAACUCAAAGUUACAAUGAGAAGACAAACUGCAAAAAGUAAUAAAUCUGAUGUUUUCUUUUGUUUUACAUGAAAUAAUGGUUUUUCUUUACAUAAAUAAACUUUGCUUUACGGACAAAAGGUUACAUGAUAUCUGUACAUACAACUAAUUUUUAAUACUCAAUUUUUAAAAUAUAACUUCUAUACUAACAUGACUUCAUAAUGGCAUUAAAAUUAUAAUCCUAUGUUUUUGCAUAGUAACAGAGGUGCAAAAGAAAGGAGUGCAAGCAGGCUGAACAAAAUGCACACAGGCAUCAUAGCAGAGGGUGGUGCUACAGCGUACAGCUACUGCAAGCGGGAAAGUGCGUAAAACUGUGCAGAGCACAGUGAAAUAUAGAUUUAUUUCUUUUUUUAUGUCACAAGUGAGCGUAGAGCCAGGUGACGUUGAGUUCUUCUAGUGUUUUAAUGGAUUUGUGUUGUUUUAGGAGGCCAAAGCUCUGCGCCAGACUCGCUGCCAGCUGUUGUUCGCCUCUGGCCAUCACCCGGUGGAACUCAGUCUGGUGCAAUGCAACACACAACAAAAGCAAACCGUUUGUGCGCAACUUCUACACGGCAAUCUGUGCACCCAAAAAAUGUAGAUCGUUCAUCGUAUUGCUCAAAAAUAUGCACGGUCCCUGCAGAUCGUACAACAUGACGCGCUGGCAAACGUUUUUUUUUCUUUUUUUUAAUGAGGCGGAGUGAAGCAAAGACAUUACAUACUGCAAAAGACGCUGCUAACUUCCUGCUCUGAGAAUGAAAGAUCUGUUUUGUCAACAGGGAUUUUCCUCUAAGAAGACAAGAGACAGGAAGCAGCAUGUGUUCCUACAACACCGCCAGGGGCUUAAAAACUGUGAAUUUGUCAGAGCAUUUUCAGUUUCUCCUGUAAGCUGUCAGGUGAAAUUUAGAAAAGUGACAAUCCCCAGCUUCUGUAGAUCCAGGAGGAAGCUUGUGGAGCUUGCUGAGAAUCCCAGUGAACCCCAGAGACCUACCCCAAGCUGGGCAAUCAGAGGUCGUGGCAUGCCGGAUGAAUGAGGUCAACCUUUGGCUUCCAAGAGUCCCAUCACUUCACCGGUGCUGCCUGUGGAUACCCACUGCAGGAGUUGAGCAAAAAAAAA